ACAGAAUGACUGCAAAUUCCAAUGCAAUGUCCAAGACAGACGAGAAAAGUCAAGAUGAAGUUUCUUAACGUCUUUGGGAAGCGACUGGUUGGAGGGCAUUUGUCGUACCUUUUGAUGACCCAACUUUCAAUAGUCUUCUGUGUUCAAGUUCUGCUGGUUGGAGCACUCCCGGUCAACGCCGAACCUGAUUCACCCUUAACUCUUACUGUUGGCUCAGAUGGGGUUAUUCCGUUUGCAUGCAGGAACGAACAGCAGUCUGCGCCCAAGUACUACACCGUCAAGUUCGAGGAGAAAGAUCGCCCUUUUUACAUCGAUGGAACUUUGGACCCAGAAGGACUGAUGUCACCCGAUCAGGCCGAAAGAUUUAGGGUGGAGUUUUAUGAAGAGGGCAGUUCUAUGUCCGUAGAAAUCAACAUUGCAUCUGUGUCUGUCGAAGAUCAGGGGACAUACAUUGUGUUGAUUCUUAUCCAAGGGGUGUCACCUGAGUAUCGUAUAAUGCAAAGAGUGGUCCUAAUAUUGAUCCCUCCUGGUCCAGCAGUUUGCUUUUUGAUGCCUAGUGAAAGUAUGAUGGAAACGUACGAGGUGCACUGUCAUGCCAAACCCGGAAAUGGCAAUUCAACCCUGAAUUGUUUUCAAAAUGGCUACAAAAUACCUUAUCGUCAAGAUACCGAUGAUACACAAACAGUGUAUAGACGAAUGUUUUGGCUCCUGCAUGUAGAUAUCCCUGUGUCAUGUUGUUCUCAUGAUAUCAAGGAGACGGACACUAUUACCCAAACGUCAUGUGACCAAUACAGAUAUCCCCGGAUUGAACCAGCAACUAGUCCAGUCCCGCCAGUCCAUGAGAUACAUACUAAAAUGACACUGACAACAAGGCCCUUGUUCAUAGCAGAUGAAACGAAUCAGCCUUCCCCUGAAAGUACUUCAUUUUCUGGGUGUGGUCCGAGUUUUGACUGGCCAACUGUUAUGCUCCCUCUAAUGGCGUUUUUCACAUAUAUGUGCAUAUCCAAUCCUUAAUUCAAGUUUAAUUCAAUUUUCCAAUGAGAGUAAUAUGUGAAUGGGAAGGUCAAUCUCGCCGUUUUCGAAGUGCAAAAAUCAUCCCCACACAGACACACACAGCGAGACGCCCACAAACACCUUCGCCACUUACCAAGUUUUGGAAUGCUGGUGGGAUUAGAUACGGCAUGUUGCCCGGGCCCGGCGGUGUGGGAUCGAAAUUGAGGGACUGUGAAUUUCGCAGUUUUAAAACAUGCUUCUUUGGUUUAAAAUAGUUUUUUUUCCCCGAUGAUUUUUUGAGAAAAUAUCAUGCGUUUUUACAUACAUAGACACAUAUUUAUAUUGAUAAAACGACGGUGAGGACAUGAAAACAAAUCAAGUAUAGUUGGGUAGCUAUUGCACUACACAUUGCAUUGUGAUGAUUUCUUUGCAAAUAAAAUUUACUAGUAAAUAUAAAUGGAUAUCUGAGACAACGUCUUGGAUCGAACAAGGUUUAAUAUAAAAUCCUUUCGAUCAGAAAUAAGUGAAUCAACGAUUAAAGAUAAACUCCAGUUCUG